AUGAACCGGUAUAUGAGCAUACCAUACGCCACAAGCGAGAGAUUCCAGCAGCCCAAGGAACCCCCAACAUGGGAAGGAGUACUUCAUGCUGUUAAUCCCUUAGUUAGAUGCCCUCAAAAAGUUGCCUUCAUAAAAGCUGGUACCGAAGAUUGUCUCUACCUCGACGUUUAUGUGCCUACUUGGGCGAAACAAUCUCACAAGCUACCUGUAUUAGUUUUCUUUCACGGUGGAGCCUUUUUUAAGGGCAGCAAGGAAUUAUACAGUCCACAAUUUCUAGUCGUUAAGGGCGUGAUAGUAGUGACUGUUAACUACAGGUUAGGAGCACUAGGAUUUUUAUGUCUGAAUGAUAUUUCGAAUCUUGGGCUGAGAGAUCAAGUAGCAGCUUUAAAAUGGGUGCAGAAGAAUAUAGCUAAGUUUGGUGGUGCUCCAGAUAGCGUCACUAUUAGUGGACAAAGCGCGGGUGCAGCAACCUCAUCUCUGCACUUACUCUCCGAUUUAAGUAAAGGACUUUACCAUAGAGCGAUACUAAUGAGUGGAAACGCGUUUUCGACGUGGGCCUUCAACAUUGAACCUUUUACGACCGCAUUAGAGGACGCUAGGAAAAUAUCUCCAGCGAACACUGAAGGAGACGUAUACGAAAUAUUUGCUCAGGCAUCCGUGUCCACACUUUUAGACGCCACUUACGAUACCUCAGUAAACCCACGAUACUUCAAGUACUCGCCGUGUGUGGAUAACAAUUUCACUGAACCGUUUUUCAAGGGCACUCCAUAUGACAUCUUGAAAUCGGGACGGUUUAAUAAAGUUCCUGUAAUCGUAGGAUAUACGGACUUAGAGGGCGGGUUCUUUUAUAGAUUGUUAAGUGAGAGCUUAGUGAAAGACUUAAAUGAUAACUUCGUUGAUCGCCUACCUUGCGUUUUUAGUUGGUGUUCCGAAAAAGAUAAACAAAAAAUAGGUAAGCUGAUAAGGAAUCAUUAUUUCGGAAACGAAACUGUUGAUUACAAAAAAUCAGUUGAUAAUUUAAUAAAAUAUUACUCCGACUGGAUAGCGUAUGGUUCUAUGAACGCUUUUUCAAAAAUUAUGGUGAAAUACUCCGAUGCACCCGUUUACAAUUAUCAGUUCUCUUACGAAGGUUCUAGAAACAUCGGCAAAGCCAUUUCGGGAGCAAAUUACGAAGGCACCACUCACUCGGGGGAAUUGUUCUACAUCUUCCAACCCUUUGGAAUACCGCUCCCCGUGACAAAGAAUGAUGAAAUUUUGGUGAAGAGAUUUACAACAUUACUUGUUAAUUUUAUGAAAUUUGGAAACCCAACGCCGAACCAAACUGAAUUAUUGGAUGUCAAAUGGCCGGCGGCUACGAAAUAUAAAUCAAAUAUUUUCAUCCUAGAUAAAUAUCUGUCUGUGAUCGACCAGCCUCACGAGAAGCAGAGAGGAGAUUUCUUCUUAGAAAUGCUUUGUACUUACGGAAAACAGGGCUACGUUCCUUGUAAAAGUGCUGAAAUGUGCCAAAAGAAUUAGCUCAAUGUAAUAAAUUACGAAGAAAAUAUAAAA